UCCCCCGGUGCCAUGGACUCGGACGCCAGCCUGGUGUCCAGUCGCCCAUCGUCACCAGAACCGGAUGACCUUUUCCUGCCUGCCCGGAGCAAAGGCGGCAGCGGCGGCGGCGGCGGCUUCACGGGGGGCACCGUGUCGUCGUCCACGCCGAGCGACGGCCCGCCGGAGCUGAGCGCCGAGCUGCGCGGGGCCGUGGGAGCGGCGGGCGCGCACGCGGGGGACAAGCCGGGCGGCGGCGGCUUCAAGUCGUCCUCGUCGUCCAGCACGUCGUCGUCCACAUCGGCGGCGGCCGCCUCGUCCACCAAGAAAGACAAGAAGCAGAUGACGGAGCCCGAGCUGCAGCAGCUGCGGCUGAAGAUCAACAGCCGCGAGCGCAAGCGCAUGCACGACCUCAACAUCGCCAUGGACGGGCUGCGCGAGGUCAUGCCGUACGCGCACGGGCCGUCGGUGCGCAAGCUCUCCAAGAUCGCCACGCUGCUGCUGGCGCGCAACUACAUCCUCAUGCUCACCAACUCGCUGGAGGAGAUGAAGCGGCUGGUGAGCGAGAUCUACGGCGGCCACCACGCCGGCUUCCACCCCUCGGCCUGCGGCGGCCUGGCCCACUCGGCGCCGCUGCCCGGCGCCGCGGCGCACCCCGCGGCCGCCGCGCACCACCCCGCGGUCCACCACCCGAUCCUCCCGCCCGCCGCCGCCGCCGCCGCCGCCGCGGCCGCCGCCGCCGCCGUGUCCAGCGCCUCGCUGCCCGGCUCCGGCCUCUCCUCGGUCGGCUCCAUCCGGCCCCCGCACGGCCUGCUCAAGUCCCCGGCGGCCGCGGCGGCCGCCCCGCUGGGCGCCGGGGGCGGCGGCGGCGGCGGCGGGGGCGGCGGCGGCGGCGGCGGCUUCCAGCACUGGGGCGGCAUGCCGUGCCCGUGCAGCAUGUGCCAGGUGCCGCCGCCGCACCACCACGUGUCGGCCAUGGGCGCCGGCAGCCUGCCGCGCCUCACCUCCGACGCCAAGUGAGCCGGCGGGCGCCGGUGCGGACUGGAGAGC